CGGUCUGCGCGCGGCGGUCCGCGCCCGGGCCCAGGGCACCGUGGGCCGGGAGCGCCCUGCGGCCGUGGCCGGGGGCCGGAGAACUGGGCGAUGCGGGCCCGGUCGCCUCGGGGUUCCCGCGGCUCCGCCGAGGGUCCGGAGGGCGCGGCUCGAGUCCCAUCCUUUUGUUGGACGGCGCGACUCGCGGGGUGGCCCGGGAGCGACGCAAGCCGAGCGGGAGGCCCCGGGAGCGCCGCUCGGACGGAGGCCCGGGGAUCCCGGGGCGUUGGGGGGCUUGGUCUGCGCCCUGGGGCUGGCCGUGGAGAAGCCGCGCCGGGGUCGCUUCCUCCCUUCUUCAGGCCUCGGCGGCUCAGGCGGGACAUGCGCAGUCCCCCACUUACCGCUUCGUGGGGGGGAAGUGCCAAGGGCCCAGGGGGCACCGUUGACCGAUUGGCCAAAGACCAAGAGGCAGGCCUGGGCCUCGGCUGGGAGAGGCGGCCAAGCGGUGCUCAGAGCCCGGUGGAGGAGGGCGCUCUGGCAGGCACAGCUGGAGUGGGCAGUCAGCCAGCCACAGCUUACUGACCUCUGUGCAGUGCCAGGGCCCAGGCAAGAUGCAGGGGAGGCACACGAGAGGGGAGGCACAGCUCUGACCUACACCGGGCUACCUGCCCUCUGAAGCCUGGGGCUUAGGGCCAGGGGGACCGGCCGUCCCUCAACAAGCAAGCAAAGGAGCUCAUUUCCAUUCCUGACAAGUGCUGGGAUGGAAAUUAACCUGCGAGGAGGCCCCUGAGUACCAGUGGUGCUGUUGUCCCUUGUCACCUGGAACCCCAUGGAGCCGGAACCCAGGCCUAGCGGGGCCGGGACCCACACCCAAUUCCUGCCCCUGAGGUCACAGCGCCCUGAGGGGGCAGGGGACACGGUGAUGUACGCUUCCACCGAGUGUAAGGCCGAGGUGACGCCCUCCCAGCAUGGCAACCGCACCUUUAGCUACACCCUGGAGGACCACACCAAGCAGGCCUUCGGCAUCAUGAACGAACUGCGGCUCAGCCAGCAGCUAUGCGAUGUCACGUUGCAGGUCAAGUACCAGGACGCACCAGCCGCCCAGUUCAUGGCCCACAAGGUGGUGCUGGCCUCAUCCAGCCCCGUCUUCAAGGCCAUGUUCACCAACGGGCUGCGGGAGCAGGGCAUGGAGGUGGUAUCCAUUGAGGGCAUCCACCCCAAGGUCAUGGAGCGCCUCAUCGAGUUUGCCUACACGGCCUCCAUCUCCAUGGGUGAGAAGUGUGUGCUGCAUGUCAUGAACGGCGCCGUCAUGUACCAGAUCGACAGCGUGGUCCGCGCCUGCAGUGAUUUCCUGGUGCAGCAGCUGGACCCCAGCAACGCCAUCGGCAUCGCCAACUUCGCCGAGCAGAUCGGCUGUACCGAGCUGCACCAGCGUGCCCGAGAGUACAUCUACAUGCACUUUGGGGAGGUGGCCAAGCAAGAGGAGUUCUUCAACCUGUCCCACUGCCAGCUGGUGACCCUCAUCAGCCGGGACGACCUGAACGUGCGCUGCGAAUCCGAGGUCUUCCACGCCUGUAUCAACUGGGUCAAGUACGACUGUGAGCAGCGGCGCUUCUACGUGCAGGCGCUGCUGCGGGCUGUGCGCUGCCACUCGCUCACCCCCCACUUCCUGCAGAUGCAGCUGCAGAAGUGCGAGAUCCUGCAGUCAGACUCCCGCUGCAAGGACUACCUGGUGAAGAUCUUCCAGGAGCUCACCCUGCACAAGCCCACACAGGUGAUGCCCUGCCGGGCGCCCAAGGUGGGCCGGCUCAUCUACACCGCCGGCGGUUACUUCCGCCAGUCCCUCAGCUACCUGGAGGCCUACAACCCCAGUGAUGGCACAUGGCUCCGGCUGGCGGACCUGCAGGUGCCUCGGAGCGGCCUGGCAGGCUGUGUGGUGGGCGGGCUGCUGUAUGCCGUGGGCGGCCGGAACAACUCGCCCGAUGGCAACACCGACUCCAGUGCCCUGGACUGCUACAACCCCAUGACCAACCAGUGGUCGCCCUGCGCCUCCAUGAGCGUACCUCGAAACCGCAUCGGGGUUGGGGUCAUUGAUGGACACAUCUAUGCUGUCGGCGGCUCCCAUGGCUGUAUCCACCACAACAGUGUGGAGAGGUAUGAGCCGGAGCGGGACGAGUGGCACUUGGUGGCCCCAAUGCUGACACGAAGGAUCGGGGUGGGAGUGGCUGUCCUCAACCGUCUGCUCUACGCGGUCGGGGGCUUUGACGGGACGAACCGCCUCAACUCAGCCGAGUGUUACUACCCGGAGAGAAACGAGUGGCGAAUGAUCACACCGAUGAACACCAUCCGAAGUGGGGCAGGAGUCUGCGUCCUGCACAACUGUAUCUAUGCUGCGGGGGGCUACGAUGGUCAGGACCAGCUGAACAGCGUGGAACGCUACGACGUGGAGACAGAAACGUGGACGUUCGUAGCCCCCAUGAAGCAUCGGCGAAGUGCCCUGGGAAUUACUGUGCACCAGGGAAGAAUCUACGUUCUCGGAGGCUACGACGGUCACACAUUCUUGGACAGCGUGGAGUGUUACGACCCAGACACGGACACCUGGAGUGAGGUGACCCGCAUGACAUCUGGCCGGAGUGGGGUUGGUGUCGCUGUCACCAUGGAGCCCUGCCGGAAGCAGAUUGACCAGCAGAACUGUACCUGUUGAGUCACUUUUGUUUCUUGGGCAAAAAAAUGGUCUGAUUCAGAGUAUUGUCAUGUUUGUACAAAAACAGGGACAAAAGAAAAGGCUACAGAGCAAAUGUUUGUCCUCCUGGAUGGGAGGCUGGGAUGCCUCAGUGUUAAAAUGACAACUCGAAAGAAAAGAAGCCCAGAGUGGGAACCCGUGAGCCCGUCAGAGUAGUCCCAGGAAUGUCCAAGAGGGCCUGCCCAGGAGGUGGGUGCGGGAAGGGCAGGCUCCCCGGAGAGAGGCCCCCACACCCGCUACCCCGAGACUAGGCCUGGGUCCCCCACCAGCAGCCGCCACCUCCCUUUGGGAUGAAAGCAGGUGCUGAGGACAGGCUGGUUUUUGUUCCCUGCAUCUUUGCGAUUGGUUCCUGGAGGCCUGGGAAGGAGCCGACUGAGGCUUCAGGGGUGAGGCCCCUCCAGAGGUGUGGCCCCCAGGGAUGGGCCUGUACAUGGAAACCACUGGAUAUCGCUGCCCAGGACAGUCAUUUUGUUGAUAAGUAACCCUGUAACUUUCCAACGAAAAUAAAGAACAAACUAACUAGUGUCUUCCA